AACCUAUUGAUAAAAUUUAGUGGUAUUUAACCUGUGCCUCGCGUCGAUUACUUCCGGAAUAGACAGAAAAUUGGCGAGUGCUUUCAAAGUCAAAAAUGCGUCCUGUACUUAAUAGAUUGGCAUCUGAUGUGCGUUUAAUGCAACGGCUUGUCUGUCAGCAAAGGAUGAUGGGAUCAUAUACAAGUCCAAGUCCUCUUACACUUAAAGAAAGGACAAGUGUAAACAAUGCAGACAUGGACAGCUUGCCAAGCCCUAGUGGGAAUUGGGCUACAGAAUAUGCACAAGCCCAGACAAAGUACAACAUCAGUCUAGCUGUUUCUAUUUCUCUUUUCGCUGCAGUGGCAUACUAUGUAAGUAUUUACAGUAUAAAGUGUCAUGUUAUGUUUAACCUAUAUCCUGCUAAAAUUCUAAAAUGAACAAGUCCAUCCUUC